UUGACUCUGAAAAAACGUAAAAUGCCUACAGAUAAAGGAAAAUGCGAAAUAAUGUGCGAAAAAAUCUACAAGGACAACAAUAUUGCUCCUGUAAUAGAUUUCCAUGUAUUAAACAGGGAGGAUGCUAAAACAGGACAAUUUUUGCAUAUGCAGCUCAUUGCAGCUUUUGAAGCGAUUGCGAGGAUCCUGUUAAAGCUCGUUUUGGUGUUGUAGAUCUAAGAGAUGAUGCCUCAGCUCAAGACAUAAACGUAAAAUCGGUAACGAUAUUUGAAAAGUACCUACAACGGAGCUUCGAGACAUUACGAUUUAGCUUUAGUGGAGCUUGUUAGAGAUGUUAAGAUGAGUAGGAAAGUUUAUCCAGCUUGUUUGCAU